AUCGGCAUUGCUUCACGCGAGGUAAGUCGAAUAUCGGAUGUAUCUUUCAUGUUCUACUAAAAGUCCAUCAUAAUGAAAAUUUGUAAUACAAUUUACGAUCGAUUCAAUUGCAACUGUUGAUUGCAUAAGCUGUACUUACAUCAUUAAACGAUUGCAUAUCUAUAACUCCAUUUGAUUUUUUCGUAUGACGACUACUGAUCCGUGUAAAAAGUUUGCGUGUAAAUUACAACAGUGUUUGAAAGGUACACAACACAUAUUGAUUAAUUAUUCAACUUCAGAUAACGUUUAUCAACCGUCACGUUGUGAGGAAGUUCUAGAGGAAAUUAGGCAGUGUUGCAUCAAACAUUCUACUAUUUCAGUAGUCUGUGAUGGUAUAGACACUUCCAAACCAUACGAACAUAAUACAGUAGAUUACAGGAAAGCACAGAAAUAGAAUAUUCAUCAUGAGUAAUCGCACGAAAUUUGUUCUUCACCGUUUAGAAGAUGCCAAAAGGAAAAGAACGAUAGCAGUUUAUGUUAUAGCAGGUUCAGCUAUUCUGUUAUCAAGUAUUUAUCAGUUUGCACGGUCACCAGAAAUUCCAAAAACCAAGCGUGUAUAAAUAUGAUUUGAUACAAGUAAUGUAUUAAUAAAUAGUAAAUACAUAUAUA